GCGGCCCUCAGCAGCAGCCGGAACUGGGAGGUGACUCUCGGCGGGUGCUGCCCGCGAGCUCGGCCCGGGCUCCCGCCAUGCUGUCCGGGUGCAGGCGGGCGCUGCCGGCAGCCCUGCGCCUCGCGGCGCGGGGCUGGGCACGGGGCGGCGGCAGGAGGCGGGUCAGCACCAGCUGGUCCCCGGUGGGAGCCGCCUUCGAUGCCAAGCAGCAGCGCAGCCGGCUGACGGGCCAGAGCACGGGUCUAUUUGGUGUUCCAGAAUUGAGUUCUCCAGAAGGUUUUCAAGAAGCACAAGAAAAAGCAUUACAAGAAACAGAACAGCUAGUCCAGAAAGCAUGUACUACACCUCCUGGGCCACAGAUAGUAAUGAUCUUUGAUCAGCUUUCAGAUGCAUUGUGCAGAGUAGCAGACUUGGCUGACUUUGUGAAAAUUGCCCAUCCUGACUUUGCGUUCAGAGAGGCUGCUGAAGAAGCCUGCAGAAACAUUGGUACCAUGGUAGAGAAGUUAAAUACAAAUAUCGAGCUGUGCCAAAGUUUGAAACAGUUGCUGGCAAAUAAAGAGGUUAUGGAUUCCCUAGAUCCAGAAACCAGGCAAGUGGCAGAACUUUUUAUGUUCGAUUUCGAAAUCAGUGGUAUUCAUUUGGAUGAAGAAAAGCGUAAAAAGGCAGUGGACCUCAACAUCAAAAUAUUGGAUUUAUGUAAUCAGUUUCUUAUUGGAGCUCAUCUGCCCAACAAGAUUGACAAGCAUAUUUUACCAGAACACAUUCGCUAUAACUUUGCAGUUGAAGGCAAUUACAUACAAAUCACUGGUCUGCAGGCAGACUGUUCUGAUGAUCUGGUACGAGAAGCUGCUUAUAAAAUUUUUCUUUACCCAAAUGCUGAGCAACUGCGCUGCUUAGAGGAACUGCUUACCAGCAGAAACCAUCUGGCACAGUUAGUUGGCUAUAACACCUUUGCCCACAGGGCUCUUCAGGGAACAAUGGCUAGAACUCCAGAGAAGGUAAUGCAAUUUCUUGAAACACUUUCUGACAGAUUGUUUCAACGAACUCUAAAAGAUUUUGAAAUGAUGGAAGGGAUGAAGAUGAAACUAAAUCCCCAAAAUUCAAAAUUGAUGCCUUGGGAUCAUCCCUAUUACAGUGGUGUCCUGCGUGCUGAGAGGUAUAACAUUGAGCCCAGUUUGUACUGUCCAUUUUUCUCUCUUGGAGCAUGUAUGGAAGGUCUGAACUUCUUGUUCAACCAACUCCUAGGAAUCUCUCUCUAUGCAGAGCAAACUGAGAAAGGAGAGCUCUGGUGUGAAGAUGUUCGCAAACUGGCAGUUGUCCAUGAAAAUGAGGGCUUGCUGGGGUACAUCUACUGUGACUUCUUCCAACGAGCUGACAAACCACAUCAGGACUGUCACUUUACAAUUCGUGGAGGCAGAUUAAGGGAAGAUGGAGAAUACCAGCUCCCUGUUGUUGUUCUUAUGCUGAGUCUGCCCCAUUCGACUAGGAGUUCACCCACAUUACUAACCCCUGGCAUGAUGGAGAAUCUAUUCCAUGAAAUGGGACAUGCUAUGCAUUCCAUGCUGGGACGAACUCGGUACCAACAUGUCACUGGGACCAGAUGUCCUACUGAUUUUGCUGAAGUUCCCUCUAUCCUGAUGGAGUAUUUUGCAAGUGACUAUCGAGUGGUUGAUCAGUUUGCAAGGCAUUUUCAGACUGGCCAGUCACUGCCAAAAAGCAUGGUGUCACGGCUCUGUGAAUCUAAAAAGAUUUGUGCUGCAGCUGAUAUGCAACUUCAGGUCUUUUAUGCUGUCUUGGACCAACUCUACCAUGGGGAACAUCCUCUAAAGAGGUCAACCACAGACAUUUUAAAGGAAACCCAGGAGAAAUUUUAUGGAUUACCAUAUGUACCAAACACUGCAUGGCAGCUGAGAUUCAGCCAUCUAGUGGGAUACGGUGCCAAGUACUACUCCUACCUCAUGUCCAGGGCCAUUGCCUCCAUGGUAUGGAAACAGUGUUUUGUGCAGAACCCAUUUGACAGGGCAAUGGGUGAGCGUUAUCGCAGAGAGAUGCUGGCACAUGGCGGUGGAAAAGAGCCCAUGCUCAUGGUUCAAGGUAUGCUUCAGAAGUCUCCUUCUGUUGAAGACUUUGUGGAUGCCCUUGUUUCAGACUUGGAUCAGGACUUUGAAACGUUCUUCAUGGACUCAGAAUAACAUGGAACUGAACUGAUUGUUUUUUGUUUCACAGCUGUUCAUUGAGAAGCAGAAACAAAUAGCCACGGCAGUACUAUGUCCAUCAUUGUUAAGACUGGUCCUCUAUAAAAACAAAGUUAUUAUUUGUAGAAUCUUAAAAUAAAUAGUUUGUUUUAA